ACAAAGUUUGAAUAAAAUAGUGUCGAUUUGAAAAAAAAAAAAGAAAAUGAGUUUUGAAUAUUGUUGAAAGAAAUGUCAUCAACCGCAAAUUCAUCGACAACAGUUAUGAAUAAUUCUGGUAAUGGUAAAAUUCGUGGACCGGGUAGACCACCAAAAAAACCUGUUUCGUGUACCUGGUGCGGUGAGGGUAAAGGACGUUUAAAAUAUGUUUUACCGACUCAAAACGGUGAAAAAGAAUUUUGUUCAGAAACAUGUUUAAGUGAAUUCCGUAAAGCUUAUAAUAAAGGAGCUUGUCAUCAAUGUGAUAAUGUGAUUCGUGGUAAUACGGGAUGUAGCAAUAAAAAUUUUUGUUCAAAUUUUUGUAUGAACAAAUUCCAAAAGAAAAGUGAACAAUCAAAAAUUCCAACAACACCAACCACACCCGCUUCUUCAAACACCACAAGUACAUCAGCUUCAGGACCACCUGGAGCAACAACACCAUCAACACCGACAACAUUUGAAAAUCCAAAUAGUUCAUCAGGACCAUUUCAAUAUGAAACAUUUCAACCAUUCGAUUGGGAGGAAUAUUUACGUGAAUCAAAUAGUGUGGCAGCACCUGCAGAAUGUUUUAAACAGGCACUUGUACCACCACAAAAUGAUUUUAAAUGUGGUAUGAAAUUGGAGGCGUUAGAUCCACGUAAUUUGACAUCGACCUGUAUUGGAACGGUAGUCGGAGUGUUAGGACCCCGUUUACGACUACGCUUAGACGGUAGUGAUAAUAAGAAUGAUUUUUGGCGUUUAGUUGAUUCCAGUGAAAUACAUCCAAUCGGUCAUUGUGAAAAAUCUGGUGGAAUGUUACAACCUCCACUUGGUUUUCGCAUGAAUGCAAGUUCAUGGCCAAUGUUCUUAUUAAAAACAUUAAAUGGUGCUGAAAUGGCUCCUGGUAAAAUAUUCCAACGUGAACCACCAAGUCCACGCAGUAAUUUAUUUCAAGUUGGUCAAAAAUUAGAAGCUGUUGAUAAGAAAAAUCCACAAUUAAUAUGUUGUGCCACGGUUGGGGCUGUGAAAAAUGAUCAAAUUCAUGUGACGUUUGAUGGAUGGCGUGGUGCAUUUGAUUAUUGGUGUCGUUAUGAUAGUCGUGAUAUAUUUCCCGUUGGUUGGUGUGCUAAAUCUGGUCAUCCAAUGCAACCACCUGGACAAAAAUCUCAUGCUGGUGCUGGCAAAUUUAAACCUCGAAUAUCACAACAUAUGAUAAGUCCAACAAUAUCAAGUAGUACAAUAUCAACCCCUACAACUAACAACAAUAAUAAUAAUAAUACUAAUAAUAAUAGUGAAGCAUCUUCAACGGCACUAACACCUAGUGCAAGUGAUACAACAUCAACACCAUCACGAAGCAGCAGUCUAAAUGUUGUGUCAACCACACCAACACAAUCAUUUAAAAUAUACAUAGAUGUGAAAUGUUCAGGUGGUCCAUUAAUUACACCCACACAGUUAACAUCUAGUAAUUUAACAGCAUCAACGUAUGAUGAGCUAGCACGUAAAUUAAUACAAGAAUUAUUACAAAGUGCUUCGAAAUGUAAUAAAUUGGAUACGUUAAUAUCAUCGUUGUGUUUGUUACACGGACAAGAACAACAAUUUACAUUAACCGGUGGUGUAGAUGGAGCGGUAUAUUUUGUUAAAAUACCACAAAUGUAUAAACGUGAUGAUUUAAUACAAUUUUUACAUACUAUUUGUAAUGCAAUUGGUGCUUGUAAUCAUCUGUUCGGCCUUGAAAGACCUACAACCGAAUGUGUAAAAUGUUCCUCAUCAUUAAGUGAAUCCUCAUCAACGGAUUCAACAUCAUCGCCACCAAAAAAACUACGUAUUGCUGAAGUGAAACCAGAAUUAGAAGCAGCAACGUCUACAACAUUAGAAACGCCAUCACCCCAGCCAACAAUAAGUUUGACUCCUACCAGUACUAAUAAUAACACCAUUAACAAUAACAAUAAUUCAACAACCGGAAGUAAUGGUGUUGUAACAACACCCAGAGCUCCCACACAAGAGUGGGGUAUUGAGGAAGUUAUACAAUAUAUUGAAUCAGCUGAUCCAGGACUAGGUGUACAUGCUGAUUUAUUUAGGAAACAUGAAAUUGAUGGUAAAGCAUUGUUAUUACUAAAUUCCGAUAUGAUGAUGAAAUAUAUGGGUUUAAAAUUAGGUCCAGCACUUAAAAUUUGUAAUUUGGUCACAAAAAUUAAGGGCAGACGACAUAUACUUCACUAAGAAAAAUCAAAUAAUAUUACUUUAAAAAAUCUCACAUAUUAUAAAUAAUAUGCACACAUUUUCUCAAAUAAAAAUUUUAAUGGAAUCAAUCAUGUAUGAUAUAAAUAAAAGUAGGCCAGAAACAGCUCUAGUUGAACCAGAUGAUGAGACGCCCCCCACUACUCUACAAAAACCUAAUUUAAAAAUGAAAAUCGUAUAUAUUUUUGCUUAAAAA